UGCUCACUGAGAGACCAGUCUGUGACAUUACACACAAGCACAGCACAUCACUGCUGCCUACAGACAUGGGUUGUUAUGAAUGCUGUAUGCGUUGUCUGGGAGGAGUGCCGUAUGUCUCUCUGGUGGCCACUCUGCUGUGUUUCUCUGGCAUUGCUCUGUUCUGCGGCUGUGGACAUCAGGCCCUUACAGAGAGCGAAAGACUUAUCGAGACGUACUUCACCCGUGACCAUCAGGACUACAUCACCCUAGCGUACCUUAUUGAGUAUUUUCAGUACAUCAUUUAUGGCCUGGCCUCCUUCUUCUUCCUGUACUGUAUAGUCCUGCUGGCUGAAGGUUUUUACACCACCAGUGCAGUCCGGCAGUCAUUUGGAGAAUUUCGUAGUACAGUUUGUGGUCGCUGUCUCAGCACAAUGUUCAUUGUGAUCACAUAUGUCCUGGUUGUGGUCUGGUUGCUGGUGUUCUCCCUCUCUGCGCUUCCUGUCUACUUUUUCUACAACAUGGCAAACACCUGUCACACUAUCAACAUCCUCUCUGAGACGCCCUCCAGCAUCAACCAGCUGUGCAUUGAUGCCAGACAGUACGGUUUACUUCCAUGGAAUGCAGUACCAGGAAAGGCUUGUGGGAUGACCCUGUCUAAUGUCUGCAAGACAAGAGAGUUUUUCCUGAUCUAUGAUCUCUACACCGCUGCCUUCGCUGGAGCGGGGAUGACAGUCUUGGCUCUGAUUCACUGUCCACUGCAUCUAGCAGCAUGUCAGCUUGUUUUAAAAGAGCGUCACCGCAGAGAGAAGGAGGAGAGGAGGCUGCACACGCUCUUUGGCCGAGUGUUAAAUGAACACAGAGGAAGUCUCUGUUCUCCUUAUGUGCUUCACGCAGCUGACGUGUGACUUGUGUGACGUGUGCACGCUUUCUGCUGACUACAAGAGGUCUGGUUAUUGUAUUAUUCCUGAGAAUACCAAAAACAUUGAUUUGAUGUUAUAAAAUAAACACUAUAUUUCAGUUAAGAAGAUUAUGUUACCAGGAUAAACAGGAAAGAGCAUUUUGUUUAACAUGUUGAAAACUAUGACGGUAUAUAUAAACCACACAAUAUGAUUGCUGUUGCAGUUUGUUUAUUCAUCACGCUGGAUUCUUGCAAAGUAAAUUUGCAAAUAAAAGAAGUCUUGGCCUCCUUAUUGCACUGGAGAUGACGUGAAACAGUAGGGUAAUACAACUCCUGCUUUCAAAACACCACACAUUUAGUCU